AAGCUGGGGGAAUGCAGUUUUCACGUAGAUAUAAUGCACGUCAUAAAUGUGCAUAAGUGACCAAAAAUUAAAAGCAACAUCAUUCAAUUCAAUUUCAAUUCUCAACGUGUAAACUCGUGUAGAUUGUUAAUAUACAUUUGAAAUAAGUUUCGGAACACAAGAGUGAAAUAUAUAAGAAAAAUUUUAUUGUCUUAUUCACAGAGUUAAUUCGCAUCACUUGAGACGAUGUUACUGUUCUUGUAGUUUGAUACAAAAUUAAUCUCACCAAAAGUGGAUGUAAUAUCUCGGAUAAACAAAGAAAGAAAAAAAAAAGUAAAAAAUCACAACGACAAUUCAACCGGCUGUGAAGACAAUUUUGCAAUCAUGGCCAGCGUAUCUUAUCAAAUAGCAAAUUUAUUGGAAAAGAUGACGUCCAGUGAUAAAGAUUUUAGAUUUAUGGCAACGAAUGAUCUGAUGAGCGAAUUACAAAAGGAUAGUAUCAAAUUGGAUGAUGAUUCCGAACGUAAGGUCGUAAAAAUGUUACUUAAAUUAUUAGAAGACAAAAAUGGAGAAGUACAGAAUCUUGCUGUGAAAUGUUUAGGUCCACUAGUCAAUAAAGUAAAGGAAUACCAAGUAGAAAUUAUUGUGGAUGCUUUAUGUAGUAAUAUGGUAUCCGAUAAAGAACAGCUAAGGGAUAUUUCUAGUAUUGGUUUGAAGACUGUUAUUUCCGAACUUCCUUUAGGAUCCAGUGCACUCGUUGCUAAUGUAUGUAAGCGCAUUACAGGAAGAUUAAGUAGUGCUAUUGAGAAGCAAGAGGACGUGUCCGUUCAACUGGAGGCUCUUGAUAUUGUUGCCGAUUUACUUUCCCGAUUUGGAGCUUUAUUAGUGACAUUUCAUUCGACUAUUUUAACUGCAUUACUACCACAGCUUUCCUCCCCACGUCAAGCAGUUCGUAAACGUACCAUAGUAGCUUUGAGUCAUCUCUUAACGUCGAGCAAUAAUUAUUUAUACAACAAACUCUUGGACCAUUUACUAGAAGGUCUUUCAACGCAAACGGCAAAAAAUGUUAUCAGGACAUAUAUACAGUGUAUUGCAUCGAUUUGUCGUCAAGCGGGACAUAGGUUUGGUGAACAAAUAGAACGAGUUAUGCCAUUGAUAGUAGGAUAUAGUAACGAGGACGAUGAUGAACUUAGAGAAUAUUGUUUACAGGCAUUUGAAGCUUUUGUAUAUAGAUGCCCUAAAGAAAUAACACCACAUAUUAAUCAGAUUAUAAAAAUUUGUUUAGUAUAUAUUACAUAUGAUCCAAAUUACAAUUACGAUGACGAUAUGAACGAUCUCUCUGACGGGGAAGGAGUUGUUAUGGAAGUAGAAGAAGAUGGGGAGGAUGAUGCGGAAGAUGAAUACUCAGAUGACGAUGACAUGAGUUGGAAAGUACGUAGAGCAGCUGCAAAAUGCUUGGAAGCUGUAGUAUCUAGUAGAAGAGAACUCCUGCCAGAACUUUAUAAAGUUGUAUCUCCAGCAUUAAUUUCUAGAUUCAAAGAGAGGGAGGAAAAUGUAAAGUCAGACAUUUUCCAUGCUUAUGUUGCUUUGUUGAGACAAACAAGACCGGCAACUGGUGUGCCACUUGAUCCAGAUGCAAUGGAAGACGAUGACGGUAGUCCUAUAUCCUUGUUGCAACAACAAGUACCCUUAAUAGUCAAAGCUGUACAUCGUCAGAUGAAAGAAAAAAGCAUUAAAACUCGACAAGAUUGUUUUUCUUUGCUCAAAGAAUUAGUUCUUGUAUUACCUGGUGCUUUAACGAAUCAUAUACCUGCAUUAAUACCGGGCAUACAGUAUUCCUUAGGAGAAAAAAAUUCUUCUUCUAACAUGAAGAUCGAUACGUUAGCCUUUGUACAUACACUUUUGAUAACUCAUCAACCAGAAGCAUUCCAUGCUCACAUGACUGUUUUGGCUCCUCCAAUUAUAUCAGCAGUAGGAGAUCCCUUUUAUAAAAUCACUGCGGAAGCAUUAUUAGUUUUACAACAGCUUGUACAAGUUAUUAGGCCUCAUGGUAAACAAUGUUAUUACAAUUUUACUCCUUUGUCUGCUGACAUUUAUCACUGUACAUUAAUGAGGUUACGAACAGCGGACAUAGAUCAAGAGGUUAAAGAAAGAGCGAUCGCUUGUAUGGGACAAAUUCUUGCACAUUUUGGUGAUACAUUAUCCAAUGAAUUACAUGUAUGCCUUCCUAUAUUUUUGGAUAGAUUACAUAAUGAAAUAACACGCCUCACAACAGUUAAGGCAUUAACUUGUAUAGCUGCUUCACCUUUAAGAGUUGAUUUAAAACCAAUUAUGGAAGAAGCAAUACCAAUUCUUGGAUCUUUCUUAAGAAAAAAUCAGAGAGCCUUAAAGUUAUGUUCUUUACCACUUUUGGAUACUUUAGUACGCAAUUACAGUUCUGCUCUACACUUCGAUCUGUUAGAUACGGUCACAACAGAACUACCUGCUCUGUUAAAUGAAACUGACUUGCAUAUUGCACAAUUAACACUUAAUUUACUAACUACUAUCGCAAAAUUACAUCCGGGUUCAUUGACAAGAGUAUCAGAUAAUAUUCUACCGGAGAUAUUAGUACUUGUAAAGUCACCACUUCUUCAAGGUGUUGCAUUAAGUUCUAUGCUUGAGUUUUUCCAAGCAUUGGUUCAAGCUGAUAUACCGGGUCUUGGUUAUCGUGAAUUGCUUUCGAUGUUAGUUGCACCGGUUAAUCAAUCAGUUCUACAUAAGCAAGCUUAUCAUUCAUUAGCAAAGUGUGCUGCUGCCUUGACAAUCACUUGUCAGCAGGAAGCACAAGCUGUAGUUGAACAAUUUCUAAAGGAUGUUCAAAAUCCACAGAGCGAUGCACAACAUAUUUUUGCAUUGCUGGUUAUUGGAGAGAUUGGUAAACAUGUAGACUUAAGUGGAAUAAAUUCAUUGAAACACAUUAUAUUGAACUCUUUCUCGUCUCAUUCGGAAGAAGUCAAAUCGGCAGCUAGCUAUACCUUAGGGAACAUAGCGGUUGGUAAUCUUCCAGAAUAUUUACCGUUUGUGUUGAAAGAAAUAGAGGCACAACCGAAACGUCAAUAUCUUCUUUUACACUCUUUAAAGGAGAUCAUUGCUUGUCAAUCUGCAAGUCCUUCUGGUGUAUCGCAUUUACAAAAUUUCGUACCAUCCAUAUGGAUGCUUUUAUACAGACAUUGUGAAUGUACAGAAGAAGGAACUCGUAAUGUCGUCGCGGAGUGUCUUGGAAAGCUCACUUUAAUCGAUCCUGGUAGAUUAUUACCUACUUUACAAGAAUCAUUAAAAUCACCCUCCGCACUUAUGAGAACAACUACAGUCACAGCUGUUAAAUUCACUAUUUCAGAUCAGUACGUAUUUUUAAAGCCUCAACCAAUCGAUUCUAUGUUGAAACAAUGUAUGGAAAACUUUUUGGUUGCUUUGGAAGAUCCUGAUUUAAAUGUUCGAAGGGUGGCAUUAGUUGCUUUCAAUUCAGCAGCACAUAACAAGCCUAUGUUGAUCAGAGAUUUAUUAGAUUCUGUGCUGCCACAUCUUUACACCGAAACCAAAAUAAAGAAAGAACUGAUCAGAGAAGUAGAAAUGGGUCCGUUCAAACAUACAGUAGAUGAUGGUUUGGAUUUAAGGAAAGCAGCAUUUGAAUGCAUGUACACAUUAUUAGACUCUUGUCUUGAUCGAUUAGAUGUCUUUGAAUUCUUAAAUCAUGUUGAAAAUGGUCUCAGAGAUCAUUAUGAUAUAAAGAUGUUAACUUAUUUAAUGACCGCUCGUUUAGCACAGUUAUGCCCAACAGCAGUUUUACAGAGGUUGGAACGAUUGGUUGAACCAUUAAAGAGCACUUGUACUAUGAAGGUCAAAGCUAAUUCGGUUAAGCAAGAGUAUGAAAAACAGGAUGAAUUAAAACGUUCUGCACUUAGAGCUGUUGCUGCGUUACUUACUAUACCAGAUGCAGACAAAAAUCCAUCAUUAAGCGAAUUCGUAUCACAAAUCAAGACGACACCAGAAUUACAACCAUUAUUUGAAAUCAUUCAGAAAGACUGUACUGGCAAUAACGUGAAUGAAACUAACGCGAUGGAUCAGAGCUAAGAAGAGUUUACACCAUUAACUUUUAUAUUUCACAGAUCACUUAUAGCUAAGCAGAUGGGUGAUCAUACUAUUCAUAGUUUAUUUGUAUACGUUAUUUUUCCAUUAUCGUCGCUACAAUUUAAAACGAUGUAGUUGUGAAAAAAAAAAAAAAAAAAAGAAAAAAAAAGGAAAAAGAUAAAAAAAAUACAAUGUAUGUGAUUUCAUGCUCUAAUGUAAUAAGAAUUCAUGCUUAAAAAAAAAAAAAUGUAUGUGAAUGCAUGUUCUGUAUAAACAUUGCAAUAAAUUUUCCGACAUGCA